GCUUGGCGAACCCAAAGGUAGGGGCCCAGAAUGAGUUUUGGCGCCUUCCCUUUCUGGGGUUCGGCUAUUUACAUCCCAACGCGUGCGUGGCGCAUAAUCGUACCCUGCUCAUCAGUCAUCACCACCACUAUUACCGGCACAACGGCACAAUUAUCAUCAGAUCAACUUGUCUCUGUGCUUUGUGAGUGAUGCAAGGAUCAUUGUAUAACUGAUCCAAUCCCUUUCUGCCUGUAACGACGGCAUGAUCCAACUUUCCCAUGGCUACUUCAUGGCCAGGUGCAGCCGUCACAUAUGCACCUGCCACAUCUGUCGAUAUCGCUCAGAAUCAGAAAUAUAACGUCCAGGCACUGGCCGGCGUCAAACGUCCCUACGGUCACGUCGACUCAUUCCACCACCAACGGCCAUUUCAUCAGAGUUUGUCGUUCAGGCAACCGCCACUAGCAAACUCAGGUGUCGACCAGCAGAAGCCUCCAGCACCACCUCCGCCCCGUCUUCAAGCAAGCUGCAUUUUACCGGCUGAGGGUUCCGGUCACAGUCGCCCUACUGGAUAUGUGCCUCCGAACCCACUACCUCCGAUCAUAUCAUCAACUCCAGGACCAUCUCAGAAUCCUCUUCUUACCCUUCGACAUUCGCGUUACGAUCUUCCCACCAAAUUGCUUGACAACCUAGAAUCGCUUGGAGUGCGAUCCAUCUACCCAUGGCAAUCGUCGUGUCUCCUAGGCAGGGGCUUGCUGAGCGGAGAACAAAACCUUGUCUACACCGCUCCAACGGGCGGUGGAAAGUCUUUAGUCGCAGACGUUUUGCUGCUCAAGAAAAUCAUCGAGAACCCGCAGAAGAAGUCAAUUCUGGUUCUCCCUUAUGUUGCCCUUGUCCAGGAAAAGUUGAAGUGGUUGCGAGCUUUGACAGACGGAGUAAGCAAACAAGUUGAGUUGUCCGAUGAACCUCCCAACCCCACCUGGCGACGACCGAGCCCCGUGAUCCGGGUGGCCGGAUUCUUCGGUGGCAGCAGACCCACAGUCCAGUGGGCGGACUGCGACGUGGCUGUAUGCACAAUCGAGAAGGCAAACUCUCUAGUCAACUCGGCCAUCGAGGAGGGCAAACACGGCGAAAUCGCUGUGGUCGUUCUUGAUGAGCUACACAUGAUCAAUGACGAGCACCGUGGAUAUCUCAUGGAACUACUCGCAACCAAGUUGAUGUCCUUGGACUGUGGUAUUCAGAUUGUGGGAAUGAGCGCGACGUUACCGAAUCCGCAGCUCCUUGCUACAUGGCUGAAGUCAAAAUUCUACAUUGCGAAAUACCGGCCCAUACCAAUCGAGGAACACCUGGUCUACGAGAAUGAGAUAUAUCCCACAGCCAGUGCCAAAGAGUUCUUUCGGACAGCCAGCCAACUAACCGCUGAAGACUCUAUUUCUACACCUCGGCCUCAAGCAUGCAGAACCAUCACCAAAUCAGACCACAAGGACCUGGGUAAUCCGAUGAUCAACGCUGUGGUCGCACUAUCUGUCGAGACUGCUGUAUCCGGGCAUGGCGCCUUGGUCUUUUGUAGCAGCCGGAUGGGCGUGGAGAGGACUGCUGUACUGAUCAGUGAUGCCAUGCCCCUUGACUGUUGCGAUCACGACGCGCAUGCAAAGCGACAAGACCUCAUUGCUUCAUUACGUGCGCUGCCUGGAGGCUUCGAGGCCUCUUUCUCCAAGACCAUACUGUGUGGUGUUGGGUUCCAUCAUGCCGGGCUGACCAUAGAGGAACGGAACCUGGUUGCGGAGGCGUACGAUGCUGGAAUUCUCAAGGUCAUGGUGGCUACCUGUAGUCUUGCGGCCGGCAUCAAUCUUCCGGCUCGCAGGGUGAUUUUGAAUGGAGCUCGCAUGGGUCGGGAUCUGGUCGGGCCCGCCAUGUUGCGACAGAUGCGUGGCCGUGCUGGCCGGAAAGGCAAGGAUGAACUUGGCGAGACCUUCCUGUGCUGUCACAAGCCCGACCUUGAGGCGGUGGCCGAAUUACUCGAAGCUGAGUUGCCGCCGGUUACAAGCUGUUUGACUCCGGAGAAGCAAGGCAUCAAAAGGGCGCUACUGGAGAUUGUUGCUAUCCGUAUGGCUUCGAGUCGGAGCGCAGUGGAUCAAUAUGUCCAGUCAUCUCUGCUCUGGCACACCAUGGACCGUCAGAUUGUGUUUGAAAUGGUGGAGGACUCGCUUCGGGAUUUGCUUGCAAACGAGCUCAUCCAAACAACUGCAUUCGAAAAUUGUCUCGAACCUACCAAGCUGGGCAUGGCGGUCGUUGCGUCUGGCCUGAGUCCCGAAGAUGGGGUUUUUGUCCAUUCAGAGUUGCGCCGAGCGCUCGAAUCAUUCGUCAUGGAUGGUGAUAUGCACAUUUUCUACCUCUUCACUCCUGUGCAGACCGCUGGCCUGGGUGAAAUAUCUUGGUUGACGUUUCGUAACCAGGUCGAGAGCCUCGACGAGAGUGGUCUACGAGCCUUGCAACUGGUCGGGGUCAAUCCAGCUUUCGUCAAUCGGCUCGUCAACAGUGGUGCAGAACUCAAGGAAAAUACGCCUGACGAGCUUCGGCUGGCCCGGAUCUACCGUAGAGCAUAUUCUGCAUUCCAGCUAAGAGACCUAUGCAAUGAGAUGCCCGUCCACGAGGUCAGUCUGAAGUAUUCGGUCCCACGAGGACAAAUCCAGAACCUCGCCCAGACUUGUCAUGGUUUUGCGGCGGGGAUGAUCAAAUUUUGCGAGAAGAUGGGAUGGGGAAUGCUCUCUGCUGUGUUAGAGCAUAUGCUUGAUCGUCUUCGUGCUGGCGCAAGGGCGGAUCUGCUUGACAUGGCUCAAGUGGCAUUUGUCAAGAGCCGCAUGGCACGAAUGUUCUGGGAGAAUGGGUUGAAGACCGUCAGAGCUCUCAGUGAGGCCGAUCCUCAAACCUUGGUGCCGGUUAUGCUGCAGGCCCAAGCCCGCAAGAUGAAGUUGCAGGGCGAAGCAGCUGAAAGGGUCAAGGCGAAGCUGUUGGCCAAAGCCGAGAUCAUCGUGAGUAGUGCGAGCAGGCUGUGGGAGAAACAGCAGAUUGUUGAGUGGGAAGAAGAAUGAUAUGGACGGUGCUCUUCAUACUCCCCUGCUGCCCACGCCCGGCCCAAAGAAAACGAUUUCUCUUCGCACGGAAAUCAGUUGGCUCAAUCCAGCCAGCAACUUCAAGUGUAAUAGUCUGCAUCAAUUUCGUAAG